ACCAACGCGGCAGUGAGGCUGCCAAGCAUUCCCGACUGCUAGUUACUCAGCUUUUCGCCGCCUGCGUCUUCAUUCCAGAACUGCGAUCACGCAUCUGGUGACGGCGAGAGGACCGACUUCUUUGAAAACGACCAGUGUCAAAAAAUCGGCGCAAAUCCGACUCACGGUAGCACAAAACACCCCAUCUGCGGUCGUAACCCGGCGCACGAACGCGCCCACAGCUAGCCAAGAUGCUGUUCGCAAUUCUGUUCACCUUCUGGCGCUUCGCCGAAAUCGUCACCUUGGUAAAUAAUCAACUCCCCCCUCCCCCCCAACGCUUCCACUUCCAGCAGACGCUCACCCUGCUCCCAGAUCCCCAUCAUGGGCAUGCUCGCCUGGUUUGUCAAUGGCUACCUGAACGCAAACCUGCUCACGCCGACCUACAUCCUGCUGCUGUUCAUCGUGUCAGUGCUGGCGCUGGCCUGGGCCAUCUUCACGCUGUUCAGCUACCACCGGUCGUCGAGCAACGCGCGCUUCGUGGCGCUGGUCGACCUGGCCUUCUUCGGCGCGCUGAUCGCGGGCGUCUACUACCAGCGCUUCAUCGCGGCCGUCGACUGCGCGACCGUGCAGCCGGGCUCGCCCGUCGACAUCGACCUCGGCAUCUUCGGCAGCGCCAGCCUGCGCAUCGGCACCGGCCUCGACGUCACCAUCGACAAGACCUGCAGCAUGCUCAAGGCCUGCUUCGCCCUCGGCAUCAUGAACGUCGUCUUCUUCUUCGUCACCGCCGUCCUCGCCUGGAUCCACGGCGACCGCGCCGUCCGCGAGGAGCGCCGCUACGUCGAGACCCGCCGCGUCAGCCACAGCCGCCAUCGCAGCCACAGCCACAGCCGCAGCCGUCACGGCGGCGGCAGUCGUCACAGCUCGCAUUCGCGUCACUCGCACCGCCGCGCGUAUGUCUGAUGGCCGGGCUCGCAGAGAAGAGGGCGGUAGGCGCGGAUAGGGAGUGGCCGGGACGGGUAGACUGGCCGCUAUGCACUUCCUGUGGUAUAUGUUGCGUAUAUAUCCCGUUGUUGGCUGGCAGGGCUUGAUGCUGUUGAUUUCACUUCGGAUGGGUUACUUGGGGAGCUGCAAAGCGAUAGAAGGGCUGUGGAUAGUUCAGUUACGAAGUCAUGACAUGUUAUGGGCACGAUGUGUAUAGUGGUAGGAGAGGUGGCCCUACUGAUCCUUUGAUACGGUU